AUGGCCAAAAUGCAGCCAACAGGAGACAAGCAGAUUCUGCAAAUACGGUAUGAUGGACCUUCCAAAUUACAUUAAAAAAAAAAGAGGACGACAGCUUCUUCCGGAGAUUUUAACGAAAUCAUAUCAAAUUUUUAAAUCAUCCUUUUAACGAUAUUUGUAAUUGAUCUUUUAAGAAUCCCAUAUCUUAGACUGUUGUCGUCCUUAGACUUGGCAUUAGAGCAUGCGUGGUUAUUAUUCCCUUGCUGGGUGUCACAUGGUUAUUUGGUCUUCUGACACCAUUACACAAAGCUUUCAACUACGUUUUUACCAUCCUUAAUUCUACUCAGGUACGUAUUUAGUCCAAUGAUUUCAUUAACAAAAAUAUCCAUAUAAAGUGUCCAGAGAUAAUAUACAGUCAGACUAUUUCAGUAUGGUCAGAUGACCUUUGCUACAAUAAUUAUUAAAAUACAUAAUAGGAUAAAACUAAUAAUAAAGAAAAAAAGGGAUUAAAAAAAUCGUUUCCGCUUUUAUGUUAUCCUUAUUUACUUCAUUGACCUCUGAGAUAUUGGAAGAAUCGAUUAUAAAAAAAAAGACCGAUCUUGAAAACCUGUCUUUCUUUUUUAAGGGUUUUCUGAUUUUUGCCCUGUACUGUGUACGAAACAGCCAGGUAAGUUUCAUAUGGAAGAAAGAUUGUCUAGAGCAGGAGUUUCAAAAUCUUGCAUGAAUUUGAGUGCCUUUUUUUGUUACUUUCCUUGUCUAUCUGCAGAUAAGAGAACGAUUCAAGAGAAAAGUUAGCACUGUUUUCCCAUCUGCAACCAAUGGAAACUCCACAAAGAAGAACUCACAUGUUAACAUGAGUGAUUUUGCUAUGUGAAGGCAGUUGAACUGCAGUCUUACAAUGAAUUUGAACUGAAAAAUCACACAGGUAAACGUAAACCAAAACAAAAGAGUGUUUAGGGAAUAAGAUCUAGGUAUAUAGGUCAUACCCACAGAUUAAGGUUACACGCCGCAAUGAUCCACCCAUUUACCAUGGCCGUUGAUGGUCGCCUGAAACAUUUUUAUCUUUCAUUAAUAGCUGACAGCUUUGUUUAGGCGGGAAUAUGUAAACAAGAAUGAAACGUUUAAGAUUCGCUCGUAUUUCUCAGAAAUAGCUAAAUCGAGGGAGAGGGUUGCCUGGGAGACUCUUCAAAAUCCAUUUGAGCUGCGUCACGGGUUUUUCAUUCGUCUUUGCACUUUUAUCAGGCUACUGAAACAUAGAAAAAGACAUAGCUUGCUAUAAGAUGGCAAACAUUGAAAUAACAAAUAACGGACGCUCCGACCAGUUGAAACUGCUUGCUUGAUCAUAAAACAGAUGCAAGGUGGUCAAGUCGGAGCACAAGUUUUAAUUUUUGGUCAGACUUUAAAAACUCCAUUUUUUUCCCCAAAUUCAAAACUUAAAUCGCAUGCCUUAGAAUAACGCAAAUAAAACGAGUUACGUGUCUGCAAUAGCUAUGGCCAUUGCAUGCUGAUAAUUUUUAAAGAUACGUGUCUACACAAAAAAAUGUGUUUAAUUAUGAUUGAGAGGUGAAAAAAUAUCAUCGGUGUUUCGAAGGUUUUGAUAAAAGUGAUCGCAUUUAUUACAAAGGAAAAAUUGCACUUACAUGUAAAGGAAAAAAAAAACGUUGGAUAAAGAUCUUAGUUUCACAAAAUUGUUCAAACUGCACCUGUCUUAUGUUAAUUUUAUCACCUCAUAUUUUCUUUUCUGUUCUUUUCAGUUUUUUCUGUUUUUUUUUCCUUUUAGAAAUCCUAGGGGUAGUCUAAAGUAGGUGGUUCACUACAAAAACAUAUAUAAUAAACUGUUAGUUAUGAACCUAUCACUUUUUGAGGAGCAGUUAAUUCAGUGUUAACAACUGAGUUGAAAACGUAUAUUGGCCACCGUAAAGAGUAAAAAAAGCUGACGUUUCGAGCGUUCGCCCUUCGUCAAAGCGAUUGUAGGAAGCAGACAAUUAGAAAACCCUUUCGAACUGCGUGCGUUUUUAAACAUAAUAAAUUAUUUCUGUCUACCAUUUUAUGCGUGACUCCACGAGGUAUAGCGUGAACGCUUCGUCAUUGUGAGUUGGAUGAUGAAACAUUAAUGCAGUGAAGAUGAAAAACCCACGUACUUUAUAAAGCAAUUUGAAAUACUAUGCCCAAGUUUUGAUAGACCAAAAAAGUUUUAUGUAUAAUUGAUAAAAAAGAUUUGUGGUGCAUGGCGUAAACAGUCGGGAUCUGCAUCUCUGCAGUACACGGACACUAAUAUCAAUAAAAGGUAAAACAAUCUCCUAUGGUACACUUGCCGAGCAGUAAUUAUCUCGAAGCGACUUCUGUGAUGUAAGAGCUCUAAAAGGCCUCUCUGUUAUCGUUGUUAAGUGACGAAAUAAGCAAAGGGUGGCAAUAGCCAUUAAUUAUUUGUGAUUGAAAUAAAUACUCAUAUGAAUUUAACAUCCAUGGAGAGAGUUCUAAAUAUUCUCAUGAGAAAGUUUCUUAAAAUGAUAAUUCUAUAUUGAUUGUAUUUGUUUUACCUAAAUUUCAAACAGAUGCAAAAAGGGGGAAUACCACUGAAUUUAAGCAUAAACAUCUGACGUCAAUGAUUUGCAUGACAUUCAAUUUCCCACUUAUGCUUACAUUAAGCAGCUGGUUCUGGCUCAAAACAAUAUUAUAAGACUGAUCUUUCAAAUAUCUCUGAAGAGAGAAUUCUCACAAGCCUUCCUCACUGAGAAAGAAAAUAUCAACCGAUCCUCAGCCACAGAAAAUUUGCCAAAAGGCUGUGUUUAUUUCAGCUGACAGAUGCCCAACGUAGACAACGAAAAAAAAAUGAUGAUGACUAGAAGUUGCCAGAUAUGGGGAAUACUCCUGUUAUCAAGUGCUCUCCUGAGUGAGUAUCAAAGUUUUUAUCAAAAGAGUUUUUUGUUUAAUAUUUAUCACACGUAUACCUAGAGGAGUCGCUCUUAUGGCCCUCUCAAUAGCGUUGGGUGAGACUACCAAAGAAUGCUAGAACGGUUUUAGAAAAGUUUGCUCUUCAUCCCAGCUAAUCAAACCAACCUACCAUAAGGAAGCCAAGAAAAUAUUUCAAGGAACUAAUUUUACAAUGUAUUCCUGUGCCGCAAGCUUUAAGUCUGAUUUGACUCAGGGGUCCAUCAUGAAAAUAAAUAAUUUUUGCACAAAUAUGCAAAUGAGGAUGUGCGAAUUCUGUAAUGACAAAAGAUGUAUUUGACAUUCAGCUGUCUCUUCAUCUCUAACAAAUUACUGAGCCUACUAGCUUAAUAACACCAUUUCAGGUCCUCUUGUACAAGGGAAAGGCAGUUUUCUAUACUUCCUUCUCAGUUUUUAUAAAUCUUUUGUAUUUAAGUCAUUAUUCAUUCAUUUUAAUCUUGCAUUUAGUUGAAUAAACGAAAGUUAACAAUUGCAACUCAGCGCCGUUGAGCGGAAAUAUUCUUACUACUCAGAAAUUACAUAUCAUUCUCUCGAUUCUAAGGCUUUACGCGUAGUUAUGGAAACACGGCGUCAAUCUGUAAUCAUACCAGGGCAACCUGCAAAAUGGCCCGAAGUAACGCUCUACCCUUGCAAAAAUUAUUACAAAAAAAAAACAAUAACAAGUAGAUAAAUAUGUACAUUUUUUAAUUUGCAAAUCAGUCAGUGACGCCUAACAGCUUCAGGAUGGCAGAAUACUUGCUGCAAAUAGAAGGUUAAUUGCUAUGAAUGAUAUAUAUUUAUUCACAUCAUACUAAAAUAGUAGAUAUUAUGAAAGUUCUACGCUAGAUUUAUUCAAUAAUUUCAUGAAUCUGCUUUUUUUUUCUUUUUUCGUUUGGCGGGGGAGUGAGAGGGCUCAGUGAACUAUCGUCUAUUAUAUAUUAUAUAAUUAUUAUAAUUGUCUAAAUUUAUCACAUAAACUGCAGUGUUAUAAAAAAGAUUUCCGGCCCUGAGAAAAGCUGCAAGAACACACGGGAACAAAUAUCGUUUUUUUUACGCGUGUUGAUACGGCCAAUCAGCUACUUACACGUGCUCAACUCGACAUCACUCGAAGAGAAAUUCCAUAUCUCUGCGCGCCCAUGUAUUAUUCUCUAUUUAUUCUUACCAUUACUUUCUUUUUUCCAGGCUUUUGGGUGCACGGUAACGUUUGCAACAACGAUGCGUUUGACUUGGAUUGUACUAAGGACAAUUAUUCUUGCCAUCUGCUUCAUAGCAACGCUAAUUCUUGUUCUUGCCUGGGAAUAGGAUGCAAACAAACGUGCAAAAGUCUCGCAAAAGAGUGUGAAAUGGUUCUAAAAUGUAGCGGAGGGGAUUGUGAACAAACUUGCAACGCUAAAACAUGCAAACUAAACUGCAGCGGGGGAAAAUGUAAAUUUCAGAAGUGCGAUGACAAAGGAGACGUCUGUGAAAUGAAUCUAGAAUGUAGCGAAGGGGAUUGUGAACAAACUUGCAACGCUAAAACAUGCAAACUAAACUGCAGCGGGGGAAAAUGUAAAUUUCAGAAGUGCUAUGACAAAGGAGACGUCUGUGAAAUGGAUCUAGAAUGUAGCGGAGGGGAUUGUGAACAAACUUGCAAAGCUAAAACAUGCAAACUAAACUGCAGCGGGGGAAAAUGUAAAUUUCAGAAGUGCGAUGACAAAGGAGACGUCUGUGAAAUGAAUCUAGAAUGUAGCGGAGGGGAUUGUGAACAAACUUGCAGUGCUAAAACAUGCAAACUAAACUGCAGCAGGGGUCAAUGUAAGAAACAGGAGUGUGAUGAUGAAACAGAUUUUUGUGAAAUGUACUUGGAAUGUAGCGGAGGGGAUUGUGAACAAACUUGCAACGCUAAAACAUGCAACCUGAACUGCAGUAGGGGUCAAUGUAAGAAACAGGAGUGUGAUGAUGAAACAGAUUUUUGUGAAAUGUACUUGGAAUGUAGCGGAGGGGAUUGUGAACAAACUUGCAACGCUAAAACAUGCAACCUGAACUGCAGUAGGGGUCAAUGUAAGAAACAGGAGUGUGAUGAUGAAACAGAUUUUUGUGAAAUGUACUUGGAAUGUAGCGGAGGGGAUUGUGAACAAACUUGCAACGCUAAAACAUGCAACCUGAACUGCGGAGGGGGACAAUGCAGAAAACAGCAAUGCAAAAAUAAAGUAGAAAUGUGCAAUAUGCAUUGUAACGCGAUUGAUUGUACACAGACCUGCGACGCUGUCACAUGUCAUAUCUCUAGAACUUGGCCGACCAGCCCUCAAGGUUGGGUUUCAUGCUCUGGGAAUGGUGACUAUUGUGGAAGUCUCAUGUCGUCUUUGGACUCAUAUCCUCUCACGCAGGGAAUCUUUUCUACCAAAAAUGGCGGAGAUAAACGCUGCACAUGCACAAAAUGUUUAAGGAGCUUCUGCAGCUCUUCCGAUUCAUACAGGUCAGAUUUAAUUUCAUCUGCUCCGUCAACGGCGACUCAAGGUUUCUCAACUCAAAUUUCAACAGUGCAGCGAAAAGAUAAAUCUCAUACUUGGGGUGAGUAAACUUAACGUAAAAAUUUGUUUUUUCACGAUUGAAUGUCAAUGAGUCUUAAAAUAGAAUAGCUCUUUCUUCACUGUUCAUAUUCCAAAUUCCUUGCGCUCUAUCAUUGCUUUUCAAUUUUAGUUAAAUGUUUUUUUUUGACAUCUAGCUUUUACUUCAACAUACAGAACACUUGCAGUCAUCACCAUUAUCAUUACUCUCACCAUCACCAUUGCCAUCCUCUUCAAUAUCGUCAUCGUCAUCAGGAGCAGAAGCAACAACAACAGCAGAAUCAGAAUCAAUAUCAACAAAAUCAUCAGAAUCUUCAUCAUUACAGGCAGCAGCAUCGUCGUCUCUGCCAUCGUCAAUUUGGACAUCUACGUUGGAAGUACUUAAGAAUUUGGUAUGUUUCGUAGUUUCUCCUUUUUUUCUUUUGUAACAAUAAUUUUCAUAGUUUCUGCCAUUCUUCAAAGAUUUUGUCUUUCUUUACCACAGGCAAAUGGUUCUGUUUCUAAACUUGGUGAAAUAGAUAGCAGGAGAAAUAACUCUUUGAAGGUAUAAAUGCACUCAUGUCUCCUUAUAACAAGAUUAAGAUUACUUGUAGAUAUGAAAUGUGCGGUAAUUAAAAGGAGUUACUUGUGCAACGCUGCAGUUCGUAAGCUGCACAAGCGUUUUAAACAGGGACAAAAGCAUGACAGUAUUUUUACUAGCAUCACGAGAAUUAAAUAUAGGAAAGUAUACCUCCUCAAAAGAUGAGUGGCUCAUUCGCUGAAAUGAUGUUCUGUUAAAACGCUCCUUUUUUAAUCAUACAAUAUCCAAUCAGUUCAAGUCUUAUGAUGUGCGCUUUUGUUUUCUCAUUGUGAUAACGACACGAUUAAAGUUAACUUUUUGGUCCUUAAAGGAGGCUAUGCGUGUAUUUGAAGACUUUAUCGAUAAUUUUAUGAACAUCACGACACCCAUUAAAGGCCAACUUAAUGAUGGAGGAGAAGAAACAAGAAGAGAAUCCAUCUUUAAGGUGGCAGUCGCCUUCGAGGAAUUUGCCCUUAACUAUGGUAAAUACCAUCUAAAUGGAACGAAUCCUUCUACAUCGAUCACGAGCCAAACAAUGGGUGAGUUAAUAUUAUUUUUUAUUUGUAACUGACCUACUGUCCAAUUGUCUACCUGAAUGCUCUUUCUGCCGCCUGGCCGUAGAUAUUAAGUGAUACAAGUGAAUUCUUGAAAGGCUCAUGGAAGCAGUCGAAGGCGCAUAAAAUUUGUCUGGCUUGAUGCAAUUAGGUGCACGAAGAAGGGUGAAGCACAGUUGACGAGAAGUGAUUUUCCUUUUGAUAAAAUUUUGUUUCAAUUUCCUCUUUUGAGUUUGUGAGUACGAUCUCAGUACAAUAAUAUAUUUCAAAUAAACCCGAAUGGCGUUUGAAAAAACAUAGCGUAGAACUGUGUGUAGACCUUCAAGAAGAGGAUUUGCAUAUGCCACAAUCAUCUCCUUGAAUUCCAAUCACCACCUAACAUCUUCUCCUUCUUCUGACAGUUUUGGGUAUUCAAAUUGGCUACCGCCAUAAUGCAACUGACUUCUUCCUCAAGGGGGAAGAAUGGGAAGUCAGCAUUAAUAUAUCCUCGGAUGAUUUUGCUGAAAAAGGUUUGCGUUAACCACAUUUUAAGCUCUAAAUCAUAGAAUUGCAUUUUUCCUCUUUAAUAUUUGCUCUAUUAUUUAGAACUCAGAUGGUUUUGCGUAUCAGUGUACUAUUUGUCAAUCAUUAAACAUCUCAAAACAGCUGAGAAAAUAUGUGCACCCCGAAUGAUCAAAAAACCAUUCGUUUAUUGCUCAGGUAAACCCAUAGAAAAGUGACGUUUAUAUUAGAAAAGCAAAAGACGUUAAACCGACGUGAUGACCCUAUCAGGAAGCUAGGAGAAUAGUCAAGUUUAGUCUGGACUGUUUGCCAAUCACUCACGCCCAUCUCGUGAUAUAUAAACCUUAGUUGAACGUUCUCCCAAAAUUCAAAGUAGAUGAUUUCGCCCUUUAACAAGUAGAAUGUAGGGUCAAUUGCUGGAAUUAAUGAUAAUUAGUACGCACAACAUUUCUGUGUUUUCACUGACGUCAUAGGAAAGUAAAAAACAACGAAAGCAUUUUAGUUGAUCUAUUCCAGUGGAGUCUUGGGUUCAAAUAGUUUAUUCAGAAUGAUAAAGGAACAAUGAUGUAGUUUAGCCAGUUGGGUUAUCAAAUGCCAGAAUAAAUGGGUCAAACAAAUUAUGGCGCAUACUGUAUUAUAACUUAAUAAGUUCUUUGGUGAAAGAAAGAGAGGGGACUUGAUCGAUCACCAUUUCGAACAUGUUUAUACUGAGACUAACCCCAUCGUUUGGCGUUAGAAGGACUUUUUUUCCACACUCUGGUUGUUUUCUUUAUAGGGUCAGUGAUUGUAGGGUGUGUGUACAAGGAUCUUCAUGUAUUACUGCUGAGAAAUCAAUCCACUGGGAAAGAAACUAACACUUCUAGGUGACGUUAAACGAUGAAAUAAUUGCGACUUGGUUCGUGCUUAGCGUGCAUGUAUUGAAUUAUAUGGCAUGCCAUAUCAAAUUUAACCAAUCAAAACAAGGAGAAGCCUAUUAAGUGGUAUGAUAAGAACUUUUACAAUGAAAAAAAGAAGGCCAUGACUAAAGUCCAUUUUGAAGCUCAUUUGAAGAAAUUUUACUAACCGUUAAGUUUUCUCUAUCCCACAAUAAACUCUCAAAGUCACACAAAAAAGUUAGUUUUCAUUAUCACCGUUUUACAUCAAAGAUAAAAAUGACAUAAAGUGUGCUUCUACAUCAUGCAGUUACAUGUAAAUGCAGUGUGAUGCUUUGCAAAACUUGAUGUCAUAGGAAAACAUUUUCUCUGCAGGUAUGUUAACACCAGAAUAAUGACGGCAGCGAUGAAUCCCAAACCUGAAAAAUUACGACGAGAUGCCAUCUUGAAGUUCAGAAACCUUCAGGUAACAGCAAAAAUACAGAAAGAUGAUCGCGUUCCAUCUGUGUCAUGUUGGAUCGAUUUAAUAGAAAUACGUGUAAACUAUAUUUUCAGGUCGUUAAAGAAGAACAACACUGCAUGUUUUGGAGUGGUUUCAAAAAUAGGUAAAAACAAAGUUAUUUGUUAAAUAUGCUUUGGAACUCCAUCAUUUUUGGGUUUAGUCCAAAGUUGAGUGUAGAAACUGGAGAUUACCAGUCAAACCCUCAUUUGCGAGGUCAGCGGUAAAAGACGUAUGGCUUUUGCUGUAAAAAUAUUGCCCUGCCGGCAAAAUGAAAUAUAUGCACGAAUAAUGGUAUGGAAGGUAACGACGUACUCGGUAAUCCGUGUAAUCGUCACCGUGGCCGUGUGCAGAGAUUGGAAAUCCGAACUAAGAACCAAUCAGAUUGUAGGAUUUGUUACCGUGCCCUCUAAGAAAGAAAAUCGUUAUUGUUAUUUCUUAUAUUGUAAUAUUCCUUUGCUUUUAGUCCAGAUGGGUUUUCAGAGGAAGGUUGUCAUGUGGAUCAUUCGAGGAGCAAUUCAAAAGAAACGGUUUGCAGCUGCAAUCAUUUGACUCAUUUCGCUGUCUUAGUUGACUUCAGCGGUAGCACUAAGGUAGCUUUAUUAAUAUUAUUAUUAUUAUUAUCAUUAUCAUUAUUAUUGUUUUUUACUUUGCUUCCAAACUAAUAAUGGGUCCGUAUGGUUAAUUUAAGUAUUGCCUCCUUUUGCUUUUGUUUUUGACGCAGCUUUCCGAGAACGACGUAGCUAUCCUGGAGAUCAUCACGUACGUGGGGCUAAGCCUUUCCAUCAUCGGAAUACUUUCGACAAUAACUUUAUAUUCUUUCCUUACGUAAGUACUGUAAUCAAAUUAUCAGGAAGAACAUCCUUAAAUGCCUUGGAAGAUGUAGUAAAUAAAUAAAGCCAGUGUAAUGUUCAUACCCCUCCCCCAAAAAAAAAAAAGAAAAAAUAAUAAAGGGAAUGCCUUGGUGCUAGUUAGAAACUUAAUCCGUACCCAAUGUUUUGGACAUUACUCGUUAUCAGUGACUGUCCAAGUUCAUCUGCCUAACUGCUCUCUCUUGCUUUCACUCAUUUUUUUUUUUUUUUUUUUUUUUGUUUUUUUGUUUGGUUUUGUGUGUGUGUGUUGUUGUUGCUGCUCUAAUAUCUUGAUUUUAACAGAGAUGUUCGUCAGCCUCUGUCUCAAAUACGCGUCAGUCUUGCUGUGGCUUUAGGAGCUGGACAAAUAUUUUUUCUCUCCGGAAUAAACGCCACAGAGAACAAGGUGGGAGGUUUUUUCCAUUAUUUCAAUUAAAUUAAAUAUAUUAUGAUCAAACAAAACAUUGAAAUGACAAAACAUUUUUUUUUUCUUUACGUAUCUGUGCAGGCUGUGUGUGUCAUAGUAGCAGUUAUCAUGCAGUAUCUUCUGAUGGCCGCUUUCUGUUGGAUGCUGGUCGAGGGAAUUUAUCUCUAUCUGUUUGUUGUAAAGGUUUAUAACAUUAACACCAAGAUGCACAUGUAUCACGUCAUGUCAUGGGGUAUUUUGAUUAUACAGUUGAACUAACGAUAUGCUGCUUUUAAUGGUUUUCAACUAUAAUUUAAUUUUAAUCUUAUUGAGUCGCCUUGAUUGGUUUAUAAUUUCGUGAUAGGUUUUCCCUUAGUUAUGGUGGCCAUUUCACUGUCUAUCGCUGCCGGAAAAGAAGGAAUACAGAGUUACACCAGCGACAAAUUGUACGAGGCGUGUGUUUUUUUCUUUUUUUCUCCUCUAUUUCUUCCCUUAAAUUGUUAAUUUUUUUCUUGAAGUUUUGAUGUUUCUUUUAAUUUACUUCGACAUUUUUAUUAACUUUAGCUCAAAGUCCUUCUCAUAACAUUUAUCCUUUCGGGACAGCUUUCUGUUUUUCGCUUGCAGAUAUGAAAGUUGAAAAUAUGAAAUGCAGAUAUGAAAUUUAUCUCCUCGUGUUCAACUCGACAUCUCAAUCGUUCGCUGGGCCCAGUCGUGAGCUAUCGAGUCAAACGCUCGAAGAGAAAUUCCAUAUCUACGCGCGCCCGCGUAUUGUUCGCUUUGUAAUUUCUUACGAAUGACGUUGACUGCAGAUCUUAUGCUGCUAAUUUUUUUUAUUGUUUUGUUAUAUUUCCCCUUUUAAGUUGUUGGAUAUCCUCAGCAAACAAUUUGAUAUGGAUAUUUGUCACAUUUGUGAUUGCAAUUGAAGUGGUAAGUUUCUGAUUCGGCUUAUUCAAAUUGGUGAUUCUGAUAUAAGACUUGAAAUGUGUACUAGCCAUACCUUAAUACAAGCUUUUAAUUUAUCUACUCCUUUAUCAGAUCAACAUUUUGAUACUCACACGAGUCAUAAGGGAGAUGACUAGAAUGCAGCCAACAGGAGACCAGCAAAGUCAGCAGUUACGGUGAGAAAGGGCUCUUAAUUAAAUUUAAAAAAAGAGAGGGAAAAAAGUUUCCAGUUCCUGCAAGAGAUUGGGUGAAAUCUUUAAGAAUCCUUACAAUCGAAUACGUCUUACUUCCUCAGGAGCUUGUUGUUAUUAAUUAGGGAAAAGAAAUUCUGGGUACCGUAAAUGUUUGUGAGGGUGAUGUGCAAUCAAUUGAUCAACAAGUUUUCGUCCUUCAGAGUUGGUAUUAGAGCAUGCAUGGUGAUGAUUCCCCUGUUGGGUAUCACGUGGUUAUUUGGUCUUCUGUCGCCACUACACAAAGCUUUUUCCUACAUUUUUACUAUCCUCAACUCUACUCAGGUGAGUAUCAAAUAUUACCAUUUUAUAGUUUCAUACGUGAGAUUAUCCACAUUGAGUGUCGAGAUUACUUAUAAUUAUAAAUCGUAGGGUGUUGAUGGGAUAUUUGUAAAUGUGACACAGACAAAAGAGGAUAAACAUUAAAAGAAAAGGAAAAAAGCGAUGCCACUGUCUAUGAGAUUCUUACAAGUCAAGAAAUAAUUUGAUUCUCUUUGUUGUUCUUUGGGACUUUAAGAAAAUAAACUUCAAUAUAGGUACCCCAAGUCGCAAUCACAAAACGAAACUGGCCUGAAAAACAUUCUUUUUUUUCUGUUAAAGGGUUUCCUGAUUUUCGUUCUUCACUGUGUGCGAAACAGUCAGGUAAGUUUAAUUAUACAUAUGGUGUAUAUAAUGAGGUUUUAAACUUGAAUAUACCGUGAGAGUGGUUCAUUUUCUUACUUUCUAUGUCCAUCGGUGCCGUUAUUUGUUCACUUUGCUUGUCUAUCUGCAGAUUAGAGAGCGAUUCAAAAGGAAGGUGAACACUGUUUUCCCAUCUACAAACAAUGGAAACUCCGCAAAGAGGAGCUCACAGGUUAAUCCAAGUGAUGUUGGUGAUACGUGGGUAGCUGAGUUGCAGUCUUUCAAUGAGUUUGAGAUGGAAAAACACUCAGCUUGA